GCCGGGCUCGGCCCGGCCCGCGACGGCUGGCCGCCGACGAGUGCGCUCGCGCUGCUCGUCAAAAUGGCGGCGGUGGCGAUUGCGGCGACGGUCGUUCAGUCGUACAGAGCUCAGGCGUCGGUCGUCUGUCGUCUGUUGUCGCAUUCGCACACGCGCGCGCGCCGCGCGACCCGCCCAAAAGCUGCUCGCUCGCGGCCGACUCUACCAUCGCGGCCGCAGCUGUUGAGCUCUUCAGAAGACUGGUGCCUCAUAUGCUGCCUCCCUGCGGAUGCUGCCGGCGAGCCUGGCGGUCCGCUGUACUACAAGGAAGUGCUGACUCGAUUCUACCUCGAAUUCUUCUACCCCCACGACUCGGAACGCGAAU